AUGGACUUUGUGGACGCCAAUAGUGGUCCUUUCAAAGCUGCAUCGCUGGAAGCUGUUAAACUUUUGGAACAAGGAGAUGUGAGAGAUGUUAAUCCAGAUGAGCAAUGUAACAUUUGCAUGGAUUGUUAUGGAACUUAUGAAAGUGUUCGUACAAGUCCUUAUGCGACUGUACUAAAAAUGCCUUGUAACCAUGUUUUCCAUUCACGGUGCCUUCACUCAUGGUUGAAGAAAGCAAACACGUGCCCCACAUGUCGUCAUGAACUUCCAGCAGAGGAGAAUGAUAUAGCAGGAGAGGCACCUGAUGAUGAUGUUCUGAACUCAUUUUUGAGAUCGCAUGAAAGAGUAGGCUUGUCGGAUAUUCUACAAAUUUUUUCGAGUCCUUCUUCUGAGCGACCAAGAGCAGAAAUGAGAGAUCAACCCACAGGAAUGUACAUAUAA